AUGGAGAAGUUGCGCGCGUCGCGGAAUUUGGAGGAACUGUUUGGGACUGGCGCUUCGCUUGGAAAGAACGUGGUGCACGUGCUGGUGGUUGUUCCAAAGGGGGGAGAUGUCGAGCACGACAGGGUGGAUGUGCCGAAGGGACGUGCUGUGGAUACGACUUCGUGUGAUGAUCUCCUCGCGUUCCUGGAAAGUGAAAUGGCCAACAAGCAAGAAAUUGUGGUAAACCGUAACAUUUUAGGUGCCGAAAGUUUACAGUUUCGAUUGGUUGGAAGAGAAGAGGCAAUUAAGACCGCAGCGGAUUGCUUCAACCGAAUCAUCGAGGCUAAUCGUGGUACAGGCUCAGACCGCACACACCGUCCUAUACCUGUUUGCUCUGGAAUUUCGGGUUUGGGGAAAACGCGUAUGCUGGAGGAAAGUGGCACGAUUCUUGAAGAGAUGAAAUUGGACCCCAAGUACGUUGUUCGCCUGAUUGUUCCGUACUACAAUGGAUAUAAGCCAAUACCAGUCGAGCGGUCGAUGCCGAUUGAGGCGUCUUUCUCGUGGCGGCUUUUGUAUCGUUUUUUUCUGGACAAUAACUGCGCGUUUGAUUUCGUCACGUGGUUCGAGUCACGGCUACCUUGUAAUGGAAGUCAGCUGACUUUUCGUAACUGCAUUAAAAUUAUCGAGCGCAAGUUGCGUCAGAGCGUGCAAGUACAAAGGAUGCAGUGCAUCUUUGUUGGCAUCGAUGACUACCAAAAGAUUGAAAAACUAAGGACCUCUGGAGCAAAUGCCGGCACGUCAAUCCUGCGCGAACUCGUGGAAACCAUAGCACAUUUCCUGUGCACGAAGAUGUCAAGUCUGGUUGUGUUGCCCAUGUUUGCAGGGACGGAUUUGGGCGUCAUUGCACCGGAUUCAAUCGCCAAUUCCUCGUAUUAUGUGACCAAGCGGCUUCCCAUGACCCUCUUGACCCUGGGGCAAGUGCUCACCUCUGUGGAGAGCAAUGCAAAUUUUGCUGGGUUCUUGCGACAUACUCAGGUCUAUCGCCAUUUGUUCGCUCUUGGAGGUGUUCCACGGUGGGUUGUCGAUUACCUAUUGGGACUGAAGAGGUGCUCGGAACCAGAUACAAUUACAUUGAAGAGCAUCAAAAUGUGCUUCGAGGGCGUCUGGACAACCUACGUCGAUGCUUACACGGGGUUAAUAUCAACCCAUCAGCUCGUCCGUUUGGCAGCCUAUGCGGUGUCGGGUCGACAGGUUCGACACCAAGACGCGUUCGAUAAACAGUUCAAGUGGUCCAAACUUCGAGAUUCCUCGAUAUGCGUGCUCAACCCAUCAUCAUCCACACCUAGAGUUUGCGAUGUACGGGUUCCCUACGCGCUGUUGCAGAGUAUCGCGUCGAGUGAUGAUAUGACGAGCAAAGCAGAAAUUUUUUUUGCAGCAGCUUUAAGUGACAUUGAAGAACUGGUGGAUUCGGAACUGUUCGUCCGUGAGCCGUGGCAGUCGUGGGAGAUGUUCGGUGCUUGUUUCUAUGCUGCUCGAAUCAAUGCCUUGCUGGUGCUUGGGCGCUCGACUGUGACGCUU